ACAACUAUAAAGCUCUCAUGUCUUUCGUUUAGAUAUCGAUCCCAUCUUCUCGAUUCUCAAAUGGGAAGCUUAUUCUCUUCGCCUUUUGUGUGUCUACUUCAUGCCUUCUUCAUCAUCCUUCCAUGUUUCAUCAAUACUGUAAGUUGCAGAAACCAUGAUACUCUAUUACCAAUAUUACCUCCAUUACCUCCAUUAGUCCCCCAACUCCUGAACUUCAUAGACCAAAGGCUAUCAGUGGUUUACCCCAUUAUACAAACCUUCAAGAACAUUAUCACUUCAGAUCCAUUAGGCAUCACCAAAACCUGGGUUGGCCCUGAUAUUUGCAACUACCAGGGCUUCUACUGUGACAAUCCACCGGACAAUGCCAGCGCCACUACAGUCGCCUCCAUAGAUUUUAACGGCUUCCAACUCAGUGCUCCAACUCUUGACGGCUUCGUAGAUCAACUUCCUGACCUUGCACUCUUUCAUGCCAACUCCAACAACUUCUCAGGUACCAUUUCACCGAAAAUUGCAAAUCUACAAUACUUGUAUGAGCUUGACAUAAGCAACAACAACUUCUUUGGCCCUUUUCCCACGGUAUUACUCACCAUGAAUAGCCUCUCCUUCUUGGACAUUCGCUACAAUUCUUUUACUGGAUCUAUACCACCCCAAAUUUUCAAGCAAACCCUGGACGUUCUCUUCCUCAACAACAACAAUUUCAUACAAAGUCUCCCUGAUAACCUUGGUGCUACGCCAGCGCUUUAUCUCACCUUAGCCAACAACAAAUUCAUCGGCCCCAUCCCGAAAAGCAUCGGAAGUGCUUCAUCAACUUUAAUUGAAGCGUUGCUCCUGAAUAAUUUGUUGACCGGUUGCAUCCCUUAUGAAUUAGGGUUUCUGAGAGAUGCUACGGUAUUUGAUGCCGGAAACAACCUGUUGACUGGCCCUUUACCGUGUUCAUUGGGAUGCUUGGGCAAGAUAGAACAUCUUAACUUUGCCGACAACCUCCUCUAUGGACAUGUGCCGGAGGUGCUCUGCGAACUAGGAAACUUGGCCAAUCUAUCUCUGUCCAACAACUACUUCACCGGAGUCGGAAUAGCGUGUAGAAAGCUGAUAAAAAAGGGUGUCCUUGACAUAAGGAACAAUUGUAUUCAUGAUCUUGCGGAUCAAAGAUCAGUGGAGGAAUGUGCCGUAUUCUUCUUGCACCCUAAAAGCUGCCUGCACCCCAAGACAUAUAGUCUAAUUCCUUGUAAGGCUUCACCAAAAUCAAAGAAGAAAUCGGCUCCAUAUUCUGCAGCUCCGAAACAGAGACUAUGAAGAUUUUCUGCUUUGUUUUAUUGUUUAGAGCCUUUAGGCUAUGUGAGCCUCGCUGGUAACAAGGAAAAAACUGCAAAUAUGUUUGCUACGUACUUUUGCAGCUUAAAACGUACAACGAACACCUUUCUUCGCGUAUUUCUCCUGUGAGAAAUGAAAGCAUAAAAGAAUGAGAUCAUAUAUA